AUGGCUCAAAAUGGAGAACAUCAGAACACGGCACCUCAAACCAGUGAGAUCAUCCAAGAAGCUCAGAUCAGCAAUGAGGGUCCAGCUCAGAUCAACAAUGGAGAAGAGGCAAACUCUACAAGUUCCAUCAGCGACAGCUCUGACACCAGCUCCAGUGGCAGCAGUGAUUCCAGUUCGGACGACUCAGAUUCCAGUGAGGGGAUUCUUCCUCCUUCAGGACUUCAGAAAGAGUCACCUGGCCAAGAAGACACCAGAGUAGUGAUGACGCCUGGACGGCAGUUACCGGAGAUUGAAGGUGAGGCUGUUCUUUUUACUCCUGACAAUUCUGAUAGUCUGCAAGAUGGAAGUUUCCCUCCCACACAAUCUAGCACUGCCAUUCUGAGUGUGGCUAAGAAGCGCAGAAAAAGAGCGACUUUAUCGAUUUCCAGUGUUCAGAAAAAAAUGAAGGACAAGACUGGCGGUAAGGUUAGGUCUAAAGCCAAAACUCGCUCCUCCCGCGCUUGGCGGCAGUUCCCCGUGGGCCGUGUGCACAGACUUCUGCGUAAAGGCAACUAUGCUGAGCGCGUCGGUGCCGGCGCUCCUGUGUAUUUGGCCGCCGUGCUGGAGUAUCUGACUGCUGAGAUUCUCGAGUUGGCCGGUAACGCCGCUCGCGACAACAAGAAACCCCGUAUUAUGCCCCGUCAUUUGCAGUUGGCUGUUCGUAACGACGAAGAGCUCAACAAACUGCUCGGAAGAUUCACCAUCGCUCAGGGUGGCGUGCUGCCCAACUUUCAGGCCAAAUUGCUGCCCAAGAAGACCGAGAAGGCGGUCAAGACAAAGUAA